UUUUCAAACAAACACAUUUCUCAGUGCAGUGAUCAUGCAGUUUACACAUUUGUUGCUCUACAUUUACGUGUAAAUAUUGGGAUUUCAAAUUUUAGAACACAAAUUAUGAAAGUGAAAGUGCAAUUUUGUGCCAUUUUUCUCUAAAAACUUACCCUAAUUUUUACACUAAAUCUGGAAAAUUGUUGUUACCAUUUUACUAAAUGAAGCCUUCCCAACUAGUCGUGUUUGUGGUGUUGGCGUCGUCUCAGUUGGGGGACGGACGCCAAAGUUGGAAUCGUGGCCACCGCUCGGGAAUGAAUCUUCACGGAGCCGUGAUUAAGAUUGGCAUCGAGGCCGGAAAUGUGACCGUGCUGACGGAAAAGGACAAUGACGAGGAUGACGCCGGUUUAGAAAUUGAUCACAAGCAGUUAGAACUUGAACGGAGCGAUGAUGACGAGCUGUUUGACGACGAUGUUAAUGCGGAGGAAGAGGAGAAAAAAUUUUCUACGCGACAAGACCCUGGCUGUGUGGGGAAAUGCAUCUGCAUCGAGCUUUACCAGCCGGUUUGUGGCAGUGAUGGCGUCACGUAUGGAAAUUUGUGCAAGCUCAACUGCGUCAGUAAUUGCGUGGGGGGAAGAAUAAAAAUGGCGUCUCUGGGCGCAUGCUCACUCACGGGCGGCGGGGGUGGCUGGCGUCCCCCACAGAACGGCGGCGGCGGUGGUGGUGGUUGGACCGGCGGGGGCGGUGGGUGGACCGGCGGGGGGAGUGGUUGGGCCGGUGGUGGUGCGUGGGCCAGCGGCGGCGGUGGUUGGCGUCCCCCAAAUCCUACCCCCGCCUUCCCAACCUACCCUCCCCCACAGCCCCAAAUCCCCCAGAAACCACCCCAAUACCCACGCCCACAACAGCCCCAAGGUGGUCCAGGAGCCAUCAACUGCUACUACUGCAACAUCUACAUCCAGUCCCGAUGAUGACGAGAAAUGCACAAUUCGUUCCUCUUAUUUACAAGUUUAAUAAUAAAGCAGUAUUAAUUAGAGAUAA